GCCCGGCCGCCGCUCAGUCAGGCAUCGCCCGCGGCAUCGGCGCUACGCCCGCCGCCGACCGUAUUCCCCGGUUCGCGAGUUUGUGUCUCCAAAAUCGCCCGGGAUCAAAAAACAAGUGACAGUUUAAAAAAACAAAAGUGAAUCUAGUGGUUUUCCAUCGAUUAGUGAGGUUGGUUGCGUGGUUAUCAGCAGUGUGGACUGAUAAGUCUGAUAACAGAGGUUCAGUGGAAAUCGAGGAUUGUUUUGUCGUCUAAGGAUGUGUUUUGGCAUGUGGUCUGGGUUCGAUUUUUGUCUUUAAACAUGCCACAUUCUGACACCCCAAUACCGUUGAAUGAAGCAUUUCAGCCAGAUAACACGUGUGACGCCGUCGCGCAGAGAUAAGUUCGCCGAAGCUAGUUGAGUCGGUGCCAGCGGCGGCGCCCGCGACUAUGUUCAGUCGAUAGUGCUCCUUAGCGGGACGCGUGUGGAGGCGAUGUGCUUGCACAUUCGGCUGCUGUGCGGCGCGCUGUGGUGGCCGCUGCUGCAGCGCUGCUCCCGGCCCCCGCCCGAUGACGGCUACGACCAGGCUCACUAGUUGUGUUGGAGCUGCCGAGUGACAGUAAAGAUUGUGAUGUGCGUGCGUCGCUGGUGAAGUAAUGUUUAUAAAGAAUGUGGCGGGAGGGGCUGAUGAGGAGCGUCGCGGGUCGGUGUCCAACUGGUUCAACUCGCUGCGGCGCGGCGCGCGGCGGCGGCGCGAGGAGCCGGCGGCGGCGCCGGUGCAGGCCUACGGCUCGCUGGGCCGUCGCCGCGACGCGCCGCCCAGGGGCAAGACGCGCUCCGCCUGGGACCUCACCACCGUCUCGCGAAUGCAACUGAAAGAUGAGCUCGGCGAGGUGGUGGCGGAGCUGGAGGCGCUGGACGGGCAGGACGAGUGCAAGCAGAGCAGCAAGGCCAAACAGAUGAGCAUCGGCCGGAAGAAGUUCAACAUGGACCCCAAGAAAGGCAUAGAGUACCUCUACGAGAACGGGCUUCUCCAGCGGACGCCUGAGGACGUGGCUCAAUUCCUGCACAAGGGCGAGGGGCUGAGCAAGACGGCCAUAGGCGACUACCUCGGCGAGCGCUCCGACUUCAACGAGGCGGUGCUGAAGGCGUUCGUGGAGCUGCACGACUUUACCGAUCUGAUACUGGUGCAGGCGCUGAGACAAUUCCUCUGGUCCUUCCGCCUCCCCGGAGAAGCUCAAAAAAUCGACCGAAUGAUGGAGUGCUUCGCGCAGCGCUACUGCCAGCUCAACCCGGACAUCUUCACCAAUGCGGACACGUGCUACGUGCUCAGCUUCGCCAUCAUCAUGUUGAACACGUCCUUACACAAUCCGAGUGUGAAGGACAAGCCCACGCCGGAGCAGUUUGUGGCCAUGAACAGGGGGAUCAAUAAUGGCGGGGAUCUGCCGCAGGAGCUGCUCUUGUCAUUAUACGAGUCUAUAAAGACGGAGCCGUUCAAGAUCCCCGAGGACGACGGCAACGACCUCAUGCACACGUUCUUCAACCCCGACAAGGAGGGCUGGCUGUGGAAGCAGGGCGGCAGAUACAAGUCGUGGAAGAGACGGUGGUUCAUCCUGAACGACAACUGCCUGUACUACUUCGAGUACACGACGGACAAGGAGCCGCGAGGGAUCAUCCCGCUAGAGAACAUCUCCGUGCGUCCCGCGAGCGACCGGCAGCGGCCGCACUGCCUCGAGCUGUACGCGAGCGGCGGCGCCGACCUCAUCAAGGCGUGCAAGACCGACUCCGAGGGCAAGGUGGUGGAGGGGAAACACACUGUCUACAGAAUGUCAGCGGCAACGGUAGAAGAGCGAGACGAGUGGAUCGAGUGUCUCCGUCGCUCCAUCAGCCACAAUCCCUUCUACGACAUGCUCGCGCAACGCAAGAAGAAGGCACAGCACAGCGUGCAUUCCAACUCGCACUAGAACGUUCUAUGGCGUUCUAGAACCUUCCAGAGUGUUCUAGAAACUGCCAGAAUGUUCUAGAAACUUCCAGAACUCGUCACAAGACACAUCCACCGAUGAUGUGACGGAUAAUACAAGAAUGCAGAAAAUAACACGUAGUGAGUGCUAUUUUGAUAUUAAGCCGUGUAAAGACUAGAUUAGAACUACUUUAGUGCAUAAUGGUCUACUGAAUUGUAAAUGCAAAAGAGUAUUUUUGUACGAAACGUCAAUACUCACUGAUUUCAGUCUCGUUUUGUAUGGCAAAGUUAUUAGACAGUCGUUAAGAUCGUGAUAAUGAUUAGUCCUUAAAACUUGUUACAUAUUAAAAUGUACCUACAACAUCUGUGUGGAAAUCUAUAAUUAGACAUCAUCUAUACGGAUUGAUAGAUUCGGUAUGCUUACUACAGGUUUUAUAGUUUAGCAAAUGGAAAAAAAAUACUUUUUCUUGAUUUUCUGCGAAAAGUUUCACGAUAGUUUCCGCUAGAGGCGCCACUUUGUAUGCGAGAAAACAAAAACUUUCACAGUUUAUGAAAAGUAUAAAAACCAGUACUAAACGUAGGUCAGAUCCAUGAAUUGACAAGUUAAAUGAUGUAUUAAAGUGUCUUAUGAAAAUCUACUAUUUCGUAGUACUUACAAGACUAUCCUUUGAUUAUCAUUUUAUUGGUAUGCAAUAUACCGAAGAAAAUCUGUAAGGUCAGGACAGGACAACAAAUAUAACCUUUACGUCCAUAGUUUUAAGAGUCAUCAUUGAUUUUACGAAUAACAGCUUUAUUUUCUGCAAUGAUAGUUUGCAAUCUUAUGAAAUUUUCAACUCAUGUAAAAAUAGUAAAAAUACAGAAUGCUAAUGAUGCUAUUGAGCGACAUUCAGUAAAUAAUAUUACGAGAAUAAAAUACCUGCUGCCUUACCACCAUCGAAACAUUAGCAAUCAACAAUCCAUAGGUAGCAUCACCUAUCUGUCAAACAUCUGUCGGAUCCAUACAAAUUAUUGCAGGAAUGCUGCUUAGCUUAGUGCUGCUUAGGGAUUGUUGAUUGCUAAUGUUCAGUGGUGGUACGGUAGCUAAACAUUAAAAAGUGUCGACCACAAUACAUACAAGUAUGUCAUUUACAAUCAUGAUUGCGACAUUAAUGAUAGGUGUACACUGUACAUAUCAUGCCAAUAUGCUGGUAGUUAUACGUUGAAUAGGGUCAUGGUUUGUAGAGACCCUACUCUGAUUUUACAACUACGAUUUGAAUAUUCCAGAAUGUAGUUCCGUUUCCUUCAACCUUCGUAGCUGUAAAAUCAUGGUAGACAUAACGUUUAUAGUUGUCCAUGUAAAUAUCUAAGGAAAGACUGACAAUGUAUAAAGUGUAAUUUACACAUGGCUUCAGUGUUUUGCUGAGUACAUUUGUAGUCGAAGCCUUAACUUAUAUUUAAUAUUCUGGAUUUUUCAUAUUUGUUUGUUGACUCAAAUGUGAGUUUAAACUUUUUUAUUUCAUUGAUCACUUCUUUUUGUGGUGUAAGUAUCUUCUUCUUAAUUUUUCGAUAUAUCGUAUUCUAAUGCAGUGAAGUUGAGUGCGUUUCCUCUGUAUAUGGUAUCACUUAUCCGCUCCUUUUAUAUGUUAAGUAAAUCUGAGAAUAUUAUAUCUAAGGCAAGGUUUUGGCUUCCAAACAAGUUUGAUUGUAUUGACAAUAAAACAAUUAUUUGCUAUCGAUUGCCUGCUGAGUUGUUCGAAUGUUUGUGUAUAUUUUAUAACUUAGCUUAAUAGGCAGAAUUCGUAUUAAAAUAGUAUUACCUAUUAUGUAUUGUAUAAAUUGCUAUAGUUAGCGUAGGUAUAUGGUACAUUAUUUACUUGACUAUAAUUUUGUUGGUAAUACAGGCUUUGGUGUUGCUUUCUCAUCGGUAGGUACAUAUAACUGGAUGUAUGUAUUGUUCAAUAUUGUACAACGAUUUGUAUAUUUAUGGUUAUAUCGAUGCAAGGUAGGUUUCAUUAAUUACAUACAGUUUUUACUAUUGAAAGAUACGAUAUUUUAUAGUCUAUUUAAUUUACCCAUGGUACGGAAUACGUAAAUGUUUUGUUUGCUGAAUGAUAAAAAUAUUUGAAGCGAAUGUAUCGAAAGGUUCAGUUAGAUUAUAACGUGUCCAUUUGCUAAUAGAUUUCGUUGUUUUUUUUAUAUUUUUAUGUGUGGCACAUUUAUGACGGUUUAUCUGCAUAAUCCAAUAGUGUCACUAGAUUUUCUUAGCCCAGUACGGUUAUAUGGGCAAUAAUUCGUUCAACUGGUAAAUCAUUCUAUUUUUAUCUGCAAAUAGUAACCGAAAAUAAAUGUUGAAUUAACGGAUGCAAAAAUGAUUUCAAGUAAAUUUUAACAAGUUUACUGUCGGUUGAUUAUUGUAGCACAAAAAUAUGUACAGAGUAAAACAAUCGAAUGACCAACCGUGGGGCAAGUGUAGGUUUUUCUUAACCGAUCGAACAGUGAAGAUCUAUUCAAAUUUGUAUGGAGCGAAGCUAGUGCGUAUUCGCGUUUACUAGCCAUACUUGAACGAAGUAGAAACUCGCACUCACAUUUACAUUUAUUUAAAACAACAGUCCCUUGAUUUUCGGAGAAUUCAUUGGUUUUACCCAGCCCUGUGUUUAUAAAGUCUACGUUUUUUUAAUUAUAUUACGCAAUAAUCGAGAUUUAUAUUUGUCACAAAAUAUGCGACUAUAUUUUUAUGAGAAGGUGCCUAAAAUUUUGAUCUGUUUUAGUAAUAGUUAGAAGGUAUUUAGUUAAUAGUAAUUUAGUGCGUUGUAAAUUCGCCGUAGAAAUGUUAAUUUAUCUCAAUUGUAAUGUUUUAUAUGACAAUGGAUAUAAUGCGUUAUUAUUGUAAUGUUGUAAAUAAUUUUGUAAGAAAUGGAAUAAUUAAUAAUACACAUACAAUUAAUUAUCUA